AUGAAGAUCUGUCCUGUCACUCUGUUGAUCGACGACGAGUCAAGCAAGGCCGAACACGAAAGUACAAUGUGUCCCGUCAGCAGUGUCAACUAUACAGUCAACAAAAUUGAGACUGAGGCCGACGAUGAAAGCCAUACGUCUACUGUCAGCAAGACGUUGAUGGAACAAACCUUAAGGGAGCAGACUGAAGAGACUAGGUUAUACCUCGUUGAGAUUGCAAGGGACGAGUAUAUAGACCAAGAUGCUCGAUCCUUUGCCCGGACAGUAGCCGAGAUAGUGGAGUGGUGGCAGCAGUACGCCAAAGAGAAGAACCCAACCACUCACCAAAUCGACUUUGGCGUAGGCCCGCCGCUCGAUCUACUCAUGGUCCUUGCCCUUGUACCAGAGAAAUACCAAGGUUUCAUUCGCAUCGAAGACAAGCAUCGAUCGCCCUACGGUAACGGGGAGAACCUGAGCUGGUUACAUGAACAGACCAUGGACGUUCUUAUAGGGCUCGGGAAGGACCCAUUUCCAGCGUCUAUACUUUUCGGGCAAGGCUUAGCCUCCAUGGUCCGGGACGACGUGGAUGAAGGUUGGCGAGUCUUCACCGGACGGUCUUGGCUUGAGGACCAGAUUCACCUAUGGUCGAACGACGAGCUUGAACCAAACCUAUACCAGUUCCCACCUGAGACAAAAAAAAUUGUCUUUUGCUUCAACCCCACCGAAAUCCACUGGACAGUCGUUGAGGUGAAGUUAGCCAACGACGUAUGGACCUAUACUCUUUACAACUCCCUUUUCCAGGGCGAGAAAGGACCAACGUGGCGAGCGUGCCAAGAACAGUUCCCGCUUCUCGAGCAGCUGAUAUGCCAUGCCUCGGGGUUUCCAGAGCCAGACACUCGCGAGAUCGUUGCAGCAACAUCAGCGCAGCAGGACAACACGUACGAUUGUGGACCCAUCGCGAUAUACAACGCUUUAGAGCUCCUGGAAGGUCGCAGGCCCAGGACUGAGGUGGAUGCAGAAGAGCUCCGCUUGAGGUAUCUUAUGCGCAUCCUCAAUGGUCUCUAUUUGUUAGAUGAGAGGUUAGAAACGCCAGAGUUCAGAGCUUGUAUGCGAGAGAUAUGCUUAGAGUAUCCGUCAUAG